AUGGCUUCCACCUGUGUGACCGCGCUGGAUGGCGCGCCGGCUGACCUGGACGGGACCCACGCCUUGCGCGGGCUCCUGUACCAGGAGAGGCCUGCGCGGGAGAAUGCUCGAGUCCACUGGGAUGAGCAGUGCAUCGCGGAGCAUGAUAAGGAGCGUGGAACUCGUCAGAAGAUUGAUGAGCCCGACACUCCAUUCGUGCGCAGCCCGCAGACUUCAGACAGCGAGGAUGAGGAUCACGCCCGGCCUAAGCAACCGGCAGUAGUUCUGGCAACUGAAGCGACUGAGUCGACUGCGAGGCCGUUUUGCGCAAAGACGGCCUCCAUGGUGACUAGCCGCCUAAAUGAGUGGGUGCAGGACGGUGGCAGGCGCGAUUCCAAGGGCAGCACUGGCAGCACUGAGGAGGCGAAAGCCAUCCAUAGGGCGAAUCCAAGAGUCACUCUCCCAGAGGAGGAAAGACCGUCGUCUUCCAGUUUCAAGGUGGAUACCCGCGUCGACGGGGACCAUCCAGGUGACGACCCGUCGAAGGACGAGAAGUGGAGGUCAAAGCGAACCGCUCACUAUCGGGACAUGGCAGCAGCCUUUCGCUCUGCCCCUCCCGACAGUGAUUCUGAAUCCGAUGGAAGCGAGACAAAUUGA